UCAUAACGUAAACUCGAUACAGUUGUCACAAGUCACAAGACUCACGUCUUACGUAUUUGAACCACGUUUUUAUAACAGCUCAGUAUGCAUGCGCGAAAGUGGGCAAACUUAAACUGAAUAGACUAUAGAUGUAGAAAAAAAAACUACAUUAAUAUAUAAUAUAUAUUCGGUUAUUUUACUUGUAAUUUAAGUUUAUUUAAAAAUGAUUGUAUAUAAUGUCAUUAUUACACUUACGAUUUUGGCAAGUGCAGCUAUAUGCUUUGAAAAUUGUGUCUUUAAUCUGAAACUAAAGAACAAAGAAUUUCAGUUUGAUUUGACAAGAUUUACCAGUUUUAAAAGUAUAAAUUUUACUAAAGCCAAUACUUAUUAUUCAGUAAGAAUUAAAUUAUGUCGCACACAGGAACAAAAAAUAAACUGUGAUGGGAUUAAAACAAAAAUAUGUCUUAUAAAAAACCAAAAAAACGAGAUCGAUAUUGGAUCAAAAAUUAAAGAGGUAAAAUUAGAUAUAAAAAAUCAACUUUUUAUGUCUCUUGAAAGUCAUCUACCAAUCUGUCAAAAUAUUAAAAAAAUUACAACAAAUAUAACUUUUAUUUGCAACAAAAAUGACCAAGAGAAAAUUGUGUACAUUCCAAAUGCAGAUAAUUGUAAAUACCUUUUUGAGUGGACAUCUGUAGCUGCUUGUCCUGUUGAUGAUUUAGAAGCUCGGAAAGUUUGUCAAAGGCAGAUUCCAUCCAGUCAUUAUGAUUUAAAUUUAAAUUUACUUCGUCGCACAUCAAGUAAUUAUUUGGUUGAAAAUCAUGGCCGACGUUUUGAGCUUAAUAUCUGUGGCCGUUUGGUGGAUAAUAACAAAUGUGGUGGUAAUAUUACCACAAUUUGUGAUAUAACUGAUGUAAAUAAGCCUACAGUAUAUGCUGUUAGUCAUAGUUAUAACUCUGAGCUUCUUUAUGAUGAAUCUACAAAAAUCUUGAAGUUAAUACAACAUGAAAGAGCUACAAGAAACAAAAAAGGUAAAAGGGUAGAAUUAUCAUUCAAGUGUGAUGAAAAUAUUCCGCCAGAAAAAGUGAAGCCUCAGUUUUUAAUAGAUGAAUAUAGUAACUUGAAUGUAAAAAAUAAACAGAAUGUUGCUCAUUUUGAAGUCGCCACAGCAGCUGUUUGUAUUCCUAGAAUGGCAUUUUGUGAAGUUUUUACAACAAAUAGUCAGUAUAAUUUAAAACAAUUGCAUAAAAGAGUAGGAAACUGGGAUGUUUCUAAUGAAAAAUCUGGCGGAACAUUUUAUUUGAAUGUUUGUGGAUAUUUGAAUCAAUACGGUUUAAAAAUUCCAAAUGCAUGCACUGAUGGUGAUAAAACAUCUGCUUGUUAUGUAGACUCUUUAGGAAGGGCUAUUCCUAUUGGAUCUUCUCAAAUUGGACCUUAUUUUACAAAUAAUAUGUUACAAAUGAAUUACACAGGAGGAGCAAACUGCAAAAACUCUUUAAAAUGGUCAACUGUUAUAAAUUUGAUGUGUUCACAUGAAUCACAAUUAAUUCAUAAUUCAACAAAUGAGUUAUUAUGUGUUCAUAUUUUCAUCUGGAAGACUCCUAAUGCCUGUGCAGUAUUAUUUAAAAGGAAGAAUAAGUGCACAGUUACACAUCCUCAGUUUGCUGGACAUGUAUACAAUAUUGACAAAUUGAAAAACAAAAGCUUUGAAGGCAAAGAUUUAACAGACAAUACAAAAUUUCGUUUUAGUAUUUGUAGCCCACUUGAAAUACCAUGUAAUGGUAAUAUAGAGUCAGCAGCUUGUUUCUCAUUUGAAGACAGCAGUAUAAAUAUUGGAAAAUUCUCUGAAGAAAUUGUAUUUGAAAAUGGUAGAAUCUACUUAAUCAUGCAAGGAGAAAAAUGUUCCGAUUUAGGACCAAAUAGUUAUACAACUAUUCAAUUUUUAUGCGAUUACACGGAUUCUAUAAAGUCUAUAAAUUUAAAAAAAAACUUACCUGAAUGCACUUUUGAAUUUGAAAUCUAUACAAAAUAUGCAUGUACUCCACCAACUAAAAGUGUGGACUGUACCGUAAAAGACCACUUAGGAAAUUUAUACAACUUCAGUAGUUUAACAAAAUAUAACAAUAAUUAUGCAAUAGAUGUUGGUACAAAACAAAAAAUUAUAUUAAAUGUUUGUCAUUCCAUUGUAAAUAAUGAUAUUAAUGAUGCUAAUUGCCAGUUUACCAGUGGAAUUUGUUUAACAGAUCCUGAACAGUUAUUAGCUUCAAAUAGAUAUAAAAAUUUAGGUGAUGUUCCUGAACGCCCUCAAAUAGAAAACAAUAAAAUUGUAAUUAAUAUGAAAAAUGGUUUUUAUGAUAGUCAUAGUGUAUCGUCAAAAAUUGAAUUCAUAUGUUCAAGCCAAACUAUGAGUCCAGUCUUGAAAAGUCAAGAAAACAAUCAGUAUUUAAUUCAAUGGACAACCCCAUUAGCGUGUUCAAGAAUUAAAAAAAUUAGGCGAGAUCUACCCUGUAAGGAGUGUGACUUAACUUUAAGUUAUUCAUUGAAUAUUUAUGGAAACAAAUAUGAUAUAGCAGUUUAUCCUAAAGGAAUUACUCCUCAUACAGUUAAAUGCAGCAAUGAGUAUGAAAAUGUAAUUGAAACAAGCAUGAUUGUUAUUUUAAAAGUUAAUAAACAAUGCUUUCAAUACUCAAUUUUACAUAAAUACUCUGGGUUUUUCCAUGAAUUAAGUAAAGAAGCUAAAAGUCCAGUAGACACAAUAAAAAAUGAAGGAGUAGAAAGAGUGUGGUUUAAGUUUAUUUGUGGAUUUGAAGCACUAAUGCCAGCUGUAUCAAAAAAAAAAAAUUAUAUUCAAGUACUCACAAUUAAUCCAAAGUUUUGUGAUAAAAAACUAGAAUGUUAUGUGGACAAAUUUGAUUUAACUCCAAUAAAGAAAACUUAUGUUAUAAAUACGAAAUCUGCAAAUUAUUAUAUUUAUAUGUGUACUCAAGGAGUGCAAGGAGUUAGUGGCUUAAUGGAAGUGAAUCAAAAGAAUUAUAGUUUAGGUUAUCAAACAUCAUUUCCAAAAGUUAAUCCAAUUGGCUUAUUUGAAGUUAUGUUUAAUGAUGGAGAUGAAUGUUUAGAACUUAAAAAACCAAUUCAAACUUAUUCAUCUAAAAUAUAUUUUGAGUGUGAUGAUAAUGUUGCCGAAGGAUAUCCAGAAUAUUUAUCAAAUUCUGGCUGCUUAAUGGAAUUCAAAUGGAAAACCAGUCUUGUAUGUUCUUCCAAAGAGGUCGAGUUUAACAAAACAACAUGUACAGCAGUUGUCAAAAAAGGUCAUGGUCAAGAUCCUACUUACAAUAAAUAUUUGAAAAUGAGAAAUCUUAGUAAAAUAUUAACAGACAAAUACAAACAGUGUUACUCUUUAUGGAGAGAUUGUUCAAACAUAUCAGCACAUAAUAAGAAACAUUGUACUUUUGUUGCACCUAGGAAAGAAGAAGCCUAGUUUUCAUAACAACACUUUUUUUUGGCAAUUUUCUAAAAAUUAGACUAUUUUACUUGGGUAAUGUUUACUAACUACAAUAUGUAUGAAGGGGACAAUGCCUGUUCACCACUUUGUAAAAGGCGGCUUUGUUUACUAAAAAAAAUUGUUCGAAUAAAAUAACCAUUUACGGAUUAACCCAGGGGUAUUUUAACUGUGCGUCGUGCCUCCCAGAGGCAUUGCAUGAUUUGGUCAAGGUUGGUAUGGAUAGUUAUGCAUAGUGAGGAAUUAAUAAUUUGAGAGCCGUCAAAAUAUUGUGAAGACACAAAUGAGCUGUGCUAUGCAAAAGUUUAAAUACCACUGGAUUAACUAGAUAAUUUGAAACUUACAAUGUUAAGAAACCUCCUCGUCCAUGGAGGCAGUGGUAUUCCUAAAUAGACCACUUUAGAACUAAAAAAAUGUGUAGCAUAUAUGAAGGGCUGCGGGGAAAAAAGAUCAAUGUCAAUUUUUUUUGAAAAUGAGAUAUUAGUGCCAUCUUUUAGCUUGUUCCUAAAGGAAUCGAACUACGAAUCGGUUUUGGAUAAAAAGAUCAUUGCCUGCCCAAAAUUAAAGGGAGAAGAAAACGUGUGACGGGAAAGACUCAUCAAGGUUCACGCGGUGGCGGGAAAAAAACGGUUAACCUCAACACUCCUGGGCUCGAGAUAGAAGCAAACCGCGAAUGAUGCACACCAAGUUAGUUUCCUAUGGUCCCUACAAGUAGUCUGUUAUCACACUUACUUCAAAGCUGGUAAAAAAUAAGAAAAAAUAUAGAUAUGACUCUCCGCCUUUCUUACCAAGGCCCCCUUUCACUAAAAAAAGCAAAGCUUGAUGACCUAUUACACCUAAAGCAGUUUUUGACAAAGCCUGAAGCUCAAGCAUUCUACAAUACACUUGCGUGUGAUGACACAAACAGCACUGAAGAAGACGCGGAGUACCUCGAUGACCCUCCGAUUGACGCUUUGGAGGAACUGUGAUGGGAAAUACUAAUUUAGGUCAAUACAGUGUCAAUAUUAGUAUAGACUGGGCUAUGUAUUUUUUAAAUUAUUAUGUCAUACAUACAAUAACAAAAUAUAAAUACAUAUAUAUAUUAAUACAAAUGUAUA